AUGUCGUUGCAGGAACAACACAAACGGCUGGUUUCGUCGCUGUACCGCCAGUCGCUGCGCCUUACCAAGUCGUGGAUUAACCGCCGGGAUCUCUGGCGUGCCAAGGCACUCGAAAUCCGCGCCCAGUUCGACGAGAACAAGGACGUCACGGACAAGUACCGCAUUGAUUUCCUCGUCAAGCAGACCGAGUCUUUGCUGGAAAAAUACAAGCAUCCCGAUCCCAUCAUCCCUCCCCAGCGUCCUGACGGCACUAAGUUCGAGCGUAACAUUCCCACCUCGCCUCUUGUCUUCAAGUACCGUGAUGGUGAUGCCAGUUUAUAG